AUGUAUAUGAAGUGGGCCGAUUCUAACCUGGGCAGAUAUAUAAGUUCUGCGGGAAGCUCUGGACUGGACCAGCGACAAUUCGCCCCUCUUUCAACUUUUCCAUUCCUCAUUAGAAACUAUAUUUCAGGAGUCAUGGAUGCUCGCCCAAAGACGAUAUACCUCCCAGACACUAUGGUUAACUGGCCCUGGCCUCGUACCAUCAAUCCUCAUCACGAAGAUGUGAAAGCUGAAGUUGAUGCUUCAUUCCGUGAUUUCAAGGCCCUGAGUCCUAAGUCACAAGAAGCAUUCGACAAGUGUGAUUUUGCCCGCCUAACAGCACUGGCUUAUCCCAAUGCACCAAGAGAACACCUUCGAAGCGGUUGUGACUCGAUGAAUUUAUUCUUCAUUGUGGAGGAGUACACCGACAUGGAGAAUGAAGCAGUCACGAAGGAAAGGGUGGACAUCGUGCUCGAUGCCCUACACAAUCCCCAUAAGAUACGACCAGAAGGCGAAUGCAUCCUCGGCGAAAUUGCGCGACAAUUUUGGGCUCGCGCAAUCCAAUCCGCAAGCCUGCCUUCUCAACGUCACUUCCUUGAAACAUUCGAUGAAUACCUUAAUUCAGUAGUUGUCGAGGCUCUCGACCGUGAGCAAGGCCGUAGGCGCGGUCUCGAUGACUACCUCAAGCUCCGGCGCAAAACUAUUGGCGUAAAACCUUCUUUCCCAAUAUUGGAGAUGGGGAUAGACCUUCCUGAUGAAAUGUUCUACCAUCCCGUCAUCAUGGAUCUUGCUGAUUGCGUCACAGAGCUCAUAAUUAUCGAUAAUGACAUGAUGUCGUACAACAAGGAGCAAGCGGCUGGGAACGAAUUCCAUAAUUUGAUCAGCAUUGUCAUGUUGGAACUGGACCUCGACAGAGGUAGCGCGAUGGCUUGGGCAGCACAUUAUCACGCUGGAGUUCAGAAACGAUUUAUCGAUGGUCUUGCGAAGGUUCCCUCAUGGGGGCCUUCCGUCGAUGUCCUAGUCAAGGAGUACCUUAACGGGGUAGCAAACUGGGCUCGAGCAAACCAUUCUUGGAGUUAUGAGAGUCAAAGAUACUUUGGCACCAUGGGCCCGGAAAUACGACAAACUAGGCUUGUCCCGUUGUUGCCAGGACCCGAUCGCAAAGCCAUAUGA